GCAAGUGACCCUACUGCUCUGGAAGGGCUGGGCCCCAGAACCCUGGUCCCCCUGCUGUGCCAUCUUCAAAGCACCUGGAUUCUUGGGCUCUUCCCCACCUGCUUGGAGCUGGUUAGGAAGCCAGACCCCAGGCCGUCUCCCCCAGGCGCCAGCAGUCCACUACGCCCAGCCGCCUCCAUGGCCUCAGGCAGAGCCCAGGGCAGAAGGCCCCACACAGGGAGCCACCCCAGCAGCCGGCCUGCUCAGCAUGGAGCUGACUGAGCUGCUUGUUGCGGUCAUGUUUCUCCUCACGUCAAGAUUAACCCUCACCCUGACCAGCCCCGCUCCCAUCUGUGACCCCAGACUCUUCAACAAGCUGCUCCGAGAUUCUGCUGCCUUACACAGCAGACUGAGUCAAUGCUCCGACCUCGGUCCUCUGCCUAUUCCUGUCCUGCUGCCCGCCGUGGACUUCAGCCUUCGGGAAUGGAGAGCAAAGACGGAGCAGACCAAGGGGCAGGAGGUCCUCGGAGCUGUGACCUUAUUGCUGGAAGGUGUGAUUGCGGCCCGAAGACAGCUGAGCCCCAGCUGCCUCUCCUCCCUGCUCGGGCAGCUCUCGGCCCAGACACGCAUCCUCCUUGGAGCUCUGCAAGGCCUCCUGGGAAGCCCGUCUCUCCCAAAGGGCCAGACUGCAGUUCACAGAGAGCCCACAGCCAUCUUCCUGAGCUUUCAGCAGCUCCUCCGAGGAAAGGUGCGUUUCCUGCUACAUGCACUAAGACCCAUCCUCUGCGCCAAGCAGGACCAGAUGGCCACAGCAGCCCCAGGCAGUGGCUCUGUACCCUCCAUCAGGACAACCUCUGGGUUCAAAGACAAGACCCCUGCAUCACUGGAAAGGGGCCCUGGGAGCUCAGCCAGAGCUACAGAAGCUCCCAAGAGAAUGUUCAGACGCCUGAACAGAAUUCCUGGAUUGCUGAACCACACGGCCAGCCCCCUGGACGAAGCCCCUGCACACUGGAACAUGACUCUUGGGCCGUCAAACAGUACCCAUGGUAUCUCUCCUGUAACCCCAGGCAAUACUCUGGGAAACUUGAACAAGCCCCCUGGAGCUCUCGAUACAACCUUCCAAUCACCCAUUCCCUUACCUGGACUGAUUACUCCCCCAAGCAUUCCUCCUACUGGACACCAUGUGCUCUCUUCUCCCUCACCCACCCUGAGCCCCACACCAGGGCCUCACAUCCCUUCUACUUCCCCCUCAGCCACAAGCCCAGGUAACUCUUUUACCAUCUGCUGCCUUCACUCCCAAGAUAAGACUAAGGACAUGCAGGACAUUCAGGGCACCCCUACUUCAUUCCCUACCUAAGUUCCACAGUCUGAAAAGAAGGUCCUCCUGGGAGGUAGCCAGGAUACCCAUGACAGCCACCCAACCUCAGCCCUGGCCUGCUCCAAUGUUGGUGUCCAAGCCCCACAGCCCAGCCCUGCUGAACUCUCAGGAGCCCAAGGGCUGGCAACAAGGACUGGGAGGCCUCUCCAUGAUCCCUCCUGGAAGCCUUCUCAUGCCAGACAGAUGGAAAGGGAACAUUUUUCACUGUAUAACUUCAGAAAAUAUUUUUUUUAAGCAGAUAAAUAAUAUGUCAGAAAAGCUGA